AGGGUUUACUCCUAUUCGUCUUCUGAGGCUUAUCCACGCAUGUUAACACGUGCCGGGUUGUAAGAAAUGUCGGUGCCUAGGCGCUAGCGAGGUGGGGUUUUGGCUGCAGACCCACACUAACUACAACGGAACGGCACAUUCUAACCCCCUAGUUUAAGGGUCCCAGCCACUCAUAGAGGCCAAUUGAUAGAAAGUUCGGAAGGUUUAUCGAAUUUGGAGAAGCAGAAGAGCGGCGGUCUGUGAAAGUGGGAAAGCUACGAAAAGAACUAAACCCCCCUUAGAGGGCAAGGCGAAUCAACUAUCUUCGUCCUUUUUUCCCACAAAUUCUUCUCCUAACACUAACUUUCACAAGACAAAGAGAAGUUUCCUGCAAAGUCUGUUCUAUCAGAGCUUUGCAAAAACUUCACUAUGUCGAAGCCUCAUAGUGUCAAUGGGAGCGAGUCCGAGUUCGAAUUCAUCGAAACUCCCAAAGCUCCCACGCCCACUUUCGAGAAGUUUGAGGAGUGCGGUGUACGAACUACGUCGUACCCUUCUAUCAAGAAUGGCCCUCUCCCCGCGGAUUCCGCCGGCGCCGAAAGCUUUUCCAACCUCCUCCUCUUCUCCCUGAUGGGCGGUGUCCCGCUUUACCUGUCAUGGAAAGUCGGGGGUGGCCUGAAGACUGCUAUCUUCUUUGCGCUGUUCACGAGCAUUCCCAUCUUAGCUGGUUUCUGGCUUACCGUCUCCGCCAUAAGCCCCCGAAAGAACGAGAAGGUCAAGUAUCCCGGACGACCGGUCGAGCACUACCUCACCUUCAAGAGGCAAUCUGACAAAGUCAAGUACCAUGGCCGAAACAAGAUCCCCAUGGAGACUUUCUACGAGAUGUACUUCGACGGAGAUGUCGAUUUCAACGGUGAUUGCCUUGAAGUCAUGGAGUACAGGCAUGACUGGGCAAGCUUCCGUUUCACUUGGGGUCUCUGCAAAUACUUCCUGUUUGGCAUGAUGCCCGAGGUUAUCAUGCAUUCGCGAAGCCAGGAUGAGGAACAAGUCCGUGACCACUAUGACCGUGGUGAUGAUUUCUACGGCUGGUUCUUGGGUCCCCGUAUGAUCUACACUACUGGCGUUAUGUCAGACAUCAACACGGAGGAGACUCUGGAACAGCUUCAGGACAACAAGCUCGCGAUCGUUUGCGAAAAGAUCGAUCUAAAGGAAGGCGAGAGACUGCUCGACAUUGGCUGCGGUUGGGGUACUCUAGCACGAUUCGCGAGUGUCAACUAUGGUGCCCACGUCACUGGCAUCACUCUUGGCCGCAACCAGACCGCCUGGGGUAACAAAGCCCUACGUAAUGUCAAUAUUCCCGAAGAGCAGAGCAAGAUUCUCUGCAUGGAUUAUCGCGAUAUUCCUGUACCGGAAGGUGGAUACCACAAGAUCACUUGCCUUGAGAUGGCCGAGCACGUCGGUGUCCGCAAGUAUGGCACUUUCUUAAAGCAGGUCUAUGAUAUGCUCGAUGACGAUGGUGUAUUCUUCCUACAAAUCGCUGGCCUUCGAAAGCCAUGGCAGUAUGAAGAUUUGAUCUGGGGCUUAUUCAUGAACAAAUACAUUUUCCCCGGUGCUGACGCGUCGACUCCUCUGGACUUUUUCGUUGGUGGACUUGAGGGUGCCGGUUUUGAAGUCAAGGGCAUAGAUACGAUUGGAGUGCACUACUCCGCGACUAUGUGGCGCUGGUAUAGAAAUUGGUUGGCCAAUCGUGAGAAGGUUGUGGCCAAGUACGGAAAGCGAUGGUUCCGCAUCUGGGAAUACUUCCUUGCCGCUUCCACUAUCGCUUCCCGACAGGGAACCGCUACUUGCUACCAGAUCGUCUUGGUCAAGAACAUCAACUCGACCCACCGUAUUGAGGGUGUCAAAACCCAGUACGGCUUGUCCGGUGCCCUGAGCACAGCUGCCUCCAAGAUAGACUUCAAGGGAUGGGCAAAGAAGAAUGCCGACCAAUUCCCUACCUCGACAGUCCAGUAAGGUGUAGGAAACUUAUUUAUAGGCGUCUACAAUUAGGCAAGUGAGCUGCCCGCAAAGACACGACUUCUAGAGUCUUUCCAGGCAGACCUCAGUCGGAUACCUUGACCAUGCCUUACAAGGAGGUUGAUCACUACUCGAGCAGUGGUCGGACCAGGUGAAUGAGAAAAGGGAGUGCAGAUGUUAAUUUGGUGUAAUGGGAGACGAGAAAAGUGUAAUAGUCGUGAAAGCAAGAAGUAAGAAGAGAAUAAAUGCAAAAUCGACCUGAAAAUGUAUGAACAUCCAUUUCCAAAUUGGACGUGCCUGGGUAAUAUCAGUUGACCAAUACUACUUAUCUGCCUGCAUACUUCCAGGCUGCCAGGUAAUUUGUAUAUCUGUUCCUGUCGCUAAUACGUUGCGAUACUGAUCAUGACGCACAUUGGUACGUUGGUGUUAGGGAUCGUAGUAUCUUAUGUCC